AUGUCACGAAUAUCUCUUAUCUGUCUAGUUAGAGGACAACCCGUCACGUGCGCCUUCGUUGUCGACAUUGAUGGCAAUAAGUAUAUAAGCCAUCUUAAAGAUGCUAUCAAAAAGAAAAAAUCACCUGAAUAUAAACAUAUCGCAGCAGACAAGCUGAGGUUAUGGAAAAUCGAAAUUUCUAGUUCACACGAUAAAGAAAUAGCCAAUUACUCUCUUGAUAGUCAAGACGAACUUCAUGCUACUAGUCGUAUCGACAAUUACUGGGAAGCGAAUCCACCCGCAGAACACGUCCAUGUAAUAGUUGUACCGCCUGGAACCGAUAUUGUAUCCUCUGAAGAGCGAAAACAAGAUACCUCCUCAGAAACUGUAUCUCCUAAGAAGCGUAAAGAGUCAACAUCGCAAAAAAAAGCAUCUAAUAAAAAACAGAAUAAAGUGGAAUCACCGGUAACCUCAACUAAUAAAAAACAGAAUAAAGUGACACCACCGGCAACUUCAACUAAUAAAAAAAAGAAAGAAGUGGCACAACCGGAAACUACAUCUAAUACGAAACAGAAUGAAAAAUCAACAACUGCAUCCAAUAAGAAACGAAAAGAAGUGUCGCCACCAGAAACUAAGCCCAAUAAUAAACGUGAAAAAUUGACGUCAUCACCAGUUGCACCUGCCAAGAAUCGUAAAACGGUGACCGAGACGCCAACUAGUACACCUCAGGAUGCCCGUUUACGUAAACUUGACAAAAUUUUGAAUGAUUUAUCAGCUGACGUAAUGGAGGAUAUUAAAACGAACAAAGAUACAGAUACCUUCGUUCCUGAAUCUCUUAAUGAGCUAUGCAAACAAAUAGAAAAUCUAGAAAAUCGCACCAAUCUUUAUUACUUCAAGCUUGGUAGAGCACUUCAAGAUCGACUUGAAGAUCUUAUAGAGAAAAAACAUAAGAAUGCUCGAGAGCUACUUAACACUGAAGUUAGUGGUCAUUUUACUGCCGGCACUGAUUUCAAGAAGGAAAUAUCAAAGGCUCAAAAGAUAUACGAAUUUUUCAACGAUUUACAUGUAGGUGAAAACAGAAUUGAUCGAGUUCAAGCCAGUCCGACUACGAUUUCGUCACUUACAAAAGAUGAUGUUAGAUAUAUAAGAGGAAAAUUUACGAAAUCAGAUUAUUUUUUAAAUCUUCCUUUUGAUGAAGUUUAA